ACCGCUUCUUGUUCAAGUACCCACGGCAGCCACAUUCAUAAAUGCCGGGCGUCAUGAACGAUCAAAGGCGCUUCAAACCAGAUCUACCUUUCCCAGUUCGGUCUAUUCACUGCUUCCGGGCAACUGACCAGUCUGUAUGUCACCAGUGGUCUAGACUUGGCUCCACACCCCAAGAAUCACGGGAGGACGAAGAGGUUCUUCGACGUCAAAGCGCUUUCUCCAAGUAUCAAGUACUUCACACCAUCCAGGUAUGGCUUAUACAUACCUACCGAGCCCAGCCUAGUCUUUCUUCCCUCUUCUACUUCCCUUACCCAUCUCUCGCCCCACCUGAUCUUGAACCAUGAGCUCAUAUAAGCCAAGUGUCCCAACCACGAAACUUCUCUUUCGCCCAGUCUACCAUCCAUCCUGCGUGCCGAGGACAACAUCAUCAAUAUCAACCAUCCUUCCGAAUUCAGUAACAUGCAACUCGACGCCUUCGUAUCGAGGACGAGCGGCCUGCUCUCCCGGAUAGCAGCUUCCGCCAACUUCUCCCUCCAGUCUGAUCAGGCCACCUUCAACCGGGCCCUGGUCUCAUGGCUCAAAGACCCCGACUCCAACCUCCCCAGCGGCCACAUCAUUGGCCUCUGCUGCUCCAGUCUUCUGUCUAUCCGGUUCCCAGACGAAUCCAGAGGCAACGACCUCAUCCCCGAGUUCCGCCGCUUCGUACUGGCAGUCUCUCUAGCACACCACGGACGGAGGAACAGCAACAAGAGCAAGCCACGCCAAAAGCACGAGCAUUGCGCGUGCCACGAGUCCCGAUCUCAUCUGAUCAGGAGGCUCGAUGGCAUCCUCACCCCCCAAUAUUUCUCUAAUUGUUCCCCAGAAUCUUGCCAGGUCCUCUUCCAUCUGGUGCUCGGAGCUGUUCUGGACAUGGGACAUUCACCAUUGCAUACCACCACUUCCUGCGACUUCUGGUCGUCAUCGACUGUCCCAUCAAAUCUCCUCAGCCCCGAGUACCAGCAGAGUCCAACACUAUGGCUGUCCACCAAGAACCAACUGGUCCGCAUGGUCGCCCAAGAUCUUGUUUUCUUGGGAUCCAGCAAAUUGGGAAUCAAACUCGAGGGAACAACGGAUCUAGAGAAGCUCAUUAUCGGCACGGCGAUCAGCAGGUGGAACGAGAUGGAAUCGCGCAUCUGGGCUGAUAGCAUCACCGAGAAGGCCGCAACAGGGCAAGAACCACAAUCACGAACAUUGUCACCAACCUCCGCAAGCAAGUCCCCCAGCUGCGAAAGGGAAAGACAACACUCUUCUUCACCAACCAACAACGACAAUAACCUAGACCGAAACCCACCUUACUGGGAAGAUCCACCACCCACUCCUCCUCCGCCCACCGUUGAGCCGACGCUCAUUCCCGUGAUGCCCCCAUAUCAUCAGCAUCUUACCGCACCUCACACCCAAUUCCAGAGCCAAUUCCAAACAGCAGCAGCGCGCCUCUCGUUUUGGUCGGAGAACCCAGCCUCGUACUUGGAAAUGACGGAUGAGCCCGAGAGUUAUUACCUGGCUACUGCGAACCAGCAUAAUAAGAGGGGGAGAGCGGAACCACCACCGACAGCGAUGCCAACGACGACGACGGGGAUACCGAGGUCAACGACUGAUCCGGUUCCUUUGAGGAGUACGAUCGAGGAUUUUGGUUCAUGGCGAAAAGUCAAAAGGCGAACGAUGUGGGUGGUACGGACGAUUGACGCAGGUGAUCAAGGACAAAUAAGCAUUCAUGCUCGGUUACGAGGGAGGGAAGUCAAUGAUUUUGGGGUGUUUGUGUAAGAGAUAGAGGAGGAAAAAAGAAGGGGAAGAGGAGAAAGGGAAAAGUUGAUGGA